AUGGUCAGGCCAGGCAAUCCAGUCAUUCUGCUCCACCUCCUCAGCAUCUUUGCACAGACAGGAGCUAGCACUCAGGAUAUCCUGUACCCCUUCGGACCCGGCCAUAGGGAUCAAGAGACCCCCAAGAUGGAUGAUGGGAGUUCUCCAGAAAUUAAUCUGCUCUUGCCAUUUAUCUUCUUCAACAUCCCUUACCGCUCUAUCUAUGUCAACAACAACGGUGUGAUCUCCUUCAACGUGCAGGUCAGCCAGUUCACGCCAGAGGCCUUCCCCCUGAGUGACAGCAGGUCUUUCAUUGCCCCGCUGUGGGCGGAUGUGCACAACGGCAUCCGGGGAGACGUGUACUACCGAGAGUCCACAGAACCGGCAAUGCUGGAGCGAGCAACACAAGAUGUCCGGAAAUACUUCAGAAACAUGCCCACGUUCACAGCCACCUGGGUUUUUAUUGCAACGUGGCACCAGGUCACCUUCUACGGAGGGAGCCAGACGACCCCGGUGAACACGUUCCAGACUGUGCUCAUCUCAGAUGGAGUGAAAUUCUUCUCUAUGUUCAACUAUGGAGAUAUCACAUGGAGCACAGGGACAGCGAGCGGUGGAGAUCCUUUAACAGGACUGGGAGGGACAACAGCUCAGUCAGGCUUCAAUGGUGGAGACAUUGGUCACUUCUUCAACCUGCCGGGGUCCCGGUCAAACGAUGUAGUGAACAUCGAGCAGACGACCAAUGUGAAUCUUCCCGGGCGCUGGUUCUUCCGCGUAGACACUGAACUGAUAGAUCCAGCCAAUGGCUGCAGCCACAAUGGGCGUUAUUACAGACGUGGGGAAAUCUUUUGGCUGUCUGACCGGUGUUCACAGCGAUGCCGGUGUCUAGAUUUGGACAACGAGGUGCACUGCCAACAGGCUCCAUGUGGGCAGCUGGAGACCUGUGAACAGCAGGAUGGGGCCUUCUACUGCCAGCCAACCCGCACCAGUACCUGCGUGGUGUUUGGUGACCCUCAUUAUCACACCUUCGAUGGCUUCCUCUACCACUUCCAGGGAACCUGCUCUUACCUGCUGGCGCGGCCUUGCUGGGAGGUAACAGGGCUGCCCUUCUUCAGCGUAGAAGCCAAAAAUGAGAACCGCGGGGUUACUGCUGUUUCCUGGCUUCGAGACGUCACGGUGGAAGUGUACGGUCACAGAGUUAUGCUGCCCAAGGGCAAUUCUGGAACAGCUCAGGUGGAUGGGCUGAUGAAGACUUUGCCAGUCCAGCUCCAGCUUGGUGCCAUCAAGGUGUACCAGUCUGGAGUUGCCGUUGCCCUAGAAACAGACUUUGGACUCUUGGUAACCUACGAUGGCCAGCAUUAUGCCUCCAUCUCCCUACCCAGCUCCUACUUCAACAACACUUGCGGUCUUUGCGGCAACUAUAAUGACGACCCCGCUGAUGACCCGGUGCUGCCUGACGGGUCACUCGCAGAGAGCGUGGUGGAGUUAGGUGGCAGCUGGCGGGCAGAGGAUGCAGAUUGGAGAUGCACAGAUGGCUGCGCCCAGAACUGUAGCGUAUGUGACCCACUCACCGAAGCUUUUUAUUUUCGUCCCGACUACUGCGGCCUCAUCAAUAAAACCGAUGGACCUUUCAGGGACUGCAGAACUGUCGUGGACCCUACAGCUUUUGUCUACAGCUGUGUAUAUGACAUGUGCAGCAACCGGGAUAACAUCACCACACUCUGCCAGGCCAUCCAGGCCUACGCUCUGGCUUGCCAGGCCCUGGGCGUCACUAUACGAUCCUGGAGAUCUCGCACCUUCUGUGCCAUGUCAUGUCCAGAGUUUAGCCGCUACCAGGUGUGCACGAGCGCCUGCCCCGCUUCCUGCUCGGACCUCACCGCUCCUCUGUAUUGUGUCCACCCAUGCAAAGAGGGCUGCCAGUGUGACGCAGGCUACGUUCUCAGUGGAAACCGCUGUGUACAUCGCCAAGAAUGUGGCUGUGAGCACAAUGGCCUCUACUACCCACUAAAUGACACUUUUUGGGCAAGCCCUGGCGGUGAAGGAGGUGAAUGUACCCGCCGUUGCAUCUGCAGCUCUGAUGGGGAAAUCUCCUGCUUCAAUGACUCCUGUAAGGAGGGUGAGGUAUGUGUGGCAGAGGUGGGCCUGCUGGGUUGCUACCCUCGGAGGGAGGGAGUGUGUUCACUCUCCCAGACCACUGUGAUGCCCACCUUUGAUGGUACCUAUCUGCCCAUCCCAGAUGACAGCUCCUACUAUCUGCUAAAGUUGUGUGCUGCAGUACCAACUAAUGUGUCAAAUGUGGAAGUGAAGAUGGGCAGGCGCCUCAUGAACAAAGGCCCUGCUUGGAAGAGACCUGUGAUAGUUAGGGUGGCUAACCUGGAGGCUCAGAUGGGAGGCAUGGAUUUCGAUAUAGUGAAGCUGAACGGUGAACCGGUGACACUCCCGUAUGUCCACCCAAUGGAGACGAUCAUGAUCUACAGAGCACCAGGCAAUGCCACGGUGGUGGAGUCCAGUGGUGUGAUCCGUGUCCACUAUACACGCCAGGGCUCCCUCAACAUCUCACUCUCCACUGUCUUCUACAAUAUGACUUGCGGUCUGUGCGGUGUCUUCAAUAACAAUGCCACUGAUGACCUCCGCCUCCCUAAUGGACGUCAGGCAGAGUCCACUGAACAGUUUACAGAGGGCUGGCGGGCCAUUGCCGAUGACAUGACCUGUAAUGGUGACUGCGACGACCUUUAUCAAAUGUGCACAGACCUGCGUCUCUAUCAGAGCCCCUGGAUGUGUGGCAACAUCAAUGACCCAGGGAAUAGUUCCUUCCUGGCGUGUCAUUCAGCAGUCAGCCCCUCACCUUUCUUUAGGAACUGCCUGUAUAACAUGUGUGUGAAGGAGGGGAACCGUUCCGCUCUGUGUUCCUCGCUGCAGGCUUACGCCUCCGCCUGUCAGGACGCUCAAGUUAGCCUGGCUUCUUGGCGCAGUGCCACUAACUGUCCCUUGCCAUGUCCAGAGAACAGUCAUUUUGAUGAGUGCACUAGUGCCUGCCCUGUGACCUGCAACAACCUGGAUGAACCUGAAGAGCCAUGUCCUCUGCCGUGCCAGGAGGGGUGCCAGUGUGAGGAAGGCUUUGCACUUCGGGAUGGUCUGUGUGUGCCACGCAGUGACUGUGGCUGUAUGAGCCAGGGGCGCCAGCUGGCCACCAAUCAAACUUUCUGGAGUGACUGGGAGUGCCAAGAACGCUGCUACUGCAAUGGCUCCGACAACAGCGUAUACUGUCAGCUUGCACCUUGCCACUCUGAGGAGUACUGCCAGGAGAGCGAUGGCCUGUAUUUCUGUCAGCCACGAACUGAGGCGCUAUGUGUGGUGGCUGGUUAUGGACACUUUCUGCCCUUUGGUGGUGUACCUUUUGAGCUGCAGAGCUCUUGUACUCUGAGGAUGGCCACCACCACCUGUGGAGGAGAGUACAUUAGGGACCAUGCAACAAUCACGGGAACGUCCUUUCCUCAGUUUAAGUUGGCAGCUCGUAAUGAGGAAAGAGACACAGCCCAGGCAAUAUGGGUGAGGGGCUUUGUUCUGGAAGUCUACGAUUAUGAAAUUGAAGUGUCUCGGACCUACAAAAACACAGUCACGGUGAAUAAGGAGCGCCUGUACCUUCCGCUGAAGCUGGGCCCCGGGAAGGUCAACAUCUUCACCUUUGGCAUGCAGCUAAUACUGGAGACAGACUUUGGCCUGAAAGUGGCUUUUGAUUGGAACACUCUCCUCCUUCUGACUUUACCCCGCAACCUCUACAACACCUCCUGUGGCCUCUGCCAGGGCAUGCCCUUAUACCCACCCACCCUCACCACCACUGACUGGGGUAUGGCGUGGGCAGAAAGGGACACCUUCUGUCAGGUUGGCUGUGGAGACUCGUGCCCACGCUGUGGCCUGGGAGAGAGAAGCCUGCCAAAUGAUGCCCCCCUCAUGGUGGCAGAUGCCAACAUGAACAUCAGAACGGAGGACGGGGUCAACACGGGCAACACGGGCAUACGUUUCCAUGUCGGGGAUGGGCUGUAUGUGUUUGUUGAGCCUGAGGCGGUGAGGCUGUGUGGGCUAAUAGUGGACCGAGGAGGUGUGUUUGCACGCUGCCACAGCAAGGUGGCACCAGCAUUCUUCUAUCAGAGCUGCCUGCAGGACACUUGUUUGGACCAGGGCGCCCAGGACACAAUCUGUAACUGGCUGCAGAUCUAUGCCAGCACCUGUCUGACCCAAGGAGUGCCUGUUGUUGGCUGGAGGAGUGACACACCCUGUGUCCAGAGCUGUCCACCUAACAGCCAUUACUCCAGUUGCAUGUCGGUGUGCCCGCCACAGUGCGCCCCCGCCCGCGGCCAGAGGGACUGCACCCAGGAGUGUGUCGAGGGAUGCCAGUGUGACCAGGGCUACGUCCUCAAUGGCAAGAGCUGCAUCCUGCCUCAAAACUGUGGCUGCUACACUGAUGGCAAGUACUACGAGCCCAAGCAAUUGUUUUGGAACAACGACUGCACUAAGCGCUGCCAGUGCAUCGGGCGAAACCUGAUCCAGUGCGACCCACGACGCUGCAAGACCGAGGAGGAGUGCGCCCUGCGCCACGGCGUGAAAGGCUGCUUCGCCCGGCGCUCCCAGCACUGCGUGGCGUCCGGCGGCGGGGUGUUCAAGACCUUCGAUGGGGCGUCUCUGCGCCUCCCGGCCUCCUGUUCCUUCGUCCUGUCCACAAACUGCCACAAGCUGCCGGACCUCUCCUUCCAGCUCAUUGCCAACUUUGAUAAGUGGAGCACGCCGAACCUCACCACCAUCUCCCAUGUCUACCUCUACAUCAAUGAGGAGAACAUACUCAUCUCUGGCAGCACUGUCAAGGUCAACGGCACACCAGUGUCAGUACCUUUUGUAACAGGACUGAUGACGCGUCUGUCUACCUCUGAAGGUUUCCUGGUCAUUGACACGCCCUUGGACAUACAGGUCCGAUACAACCGAUUCAACACCCUCAGCAUCACCAUGGGCCAGAGGCUUCAGAACAAGGUAUGCGGCCUGUGUGGCAAUUUCAACGGAGACCCCGGUGACGACUACACCACGUCCAGGGGCAAGCCGGCGGUCAGCGCCCUCGAGCUGGCCCAGAGCUGGAAGACCAACGGCAUGCAGAACAGCUGUGAUGAAACACAGUACGUGGCCCUGGCCCAGUCCUGUGACAACACAGCAGUGCUGGGGCUGCAAGGUGAAGAUGGCUGCCAGAAACUGACCCAGAUGAAGGGCUUCUUUCAGCCCUGCCACGGCCUGCUGGACCCCCGGCCCUUCUACCAGUCCUGCUACCUGGAUGGCUGCUACAAUCACCGCAAGGCUCAGGUCUGUGGCUCGCUGGCAGCCUAUGCCGAGGCUUGCCGCUCCAUGGGCAGCCUCACCACCAAGUGGAUCACCCAAGAGAACUGCUCAGAAUGGAUCUACGACCCCUGUGCAGGAGAGAUCUGCACAAACAACACAUGUGAGCAGGAAAAUGGAGGUGACCUGUGUGGAUGCCCGGAAUUACCCUCCAGCCCUGCAGGUGAUGAUGACAUUAUCCAGGCAGAGGUGACUUGCAAACAUGCCCAGAUGGAGGUUUCCAUCUCCAAGUGCAAGCUCUUCCAGCUGGGCUUUGAGAGAGAGGAUGUCAGGAUCAACGACCAACAGUGCCCAGGCAUCGAAGGAGAGGAUUUCAUCUCCUUCCACAUCAACAACACCAAAGGACACUGCGGCUCCAUAGUGCUGUCGAACGGCACACACAUCAUGUACAAGAAUACGGUGUGGAUCGAGAGCGUGAACAACACGGGGAACGUCAUCACCAGAGACAAGACCAUCAAUGUGGAGUUUUCCUGUGCCUAUGAACUGGACCUGAAGAUCUCGCUGGACACCGUCCUCAAACCCAUGCUCAGCGUGAUCAACCUCACCUUGCCGACCCAGGAGGGCAACUUCAUCACCAAGAUGGCUCUGUAUAAGAACUCCUCGUACAGACAGCCAUACAGGGAGGGUGAGGUGGUGCUCAGCACGCGGGACGUCCUCUUUGUGGGCGUCUUUGUAGAAGGGGCAGAUGAAAACCAGCUCAUCCUCAUAGUAAACAUGUGCUGGGCCACGCCAUCCCGCUACAGCAGUGACCGGCUACGCUACAUCAUCAUAGAGAGAGGCUGUCCAAACAUCAAGGACAACACCAUCGGCAUGGCAGAGAAUGGUGUCUCUCUCACCUGCCGCUUCCAUGUCACAGUCUUCAAGUUCAUUGGGGAUUAUGACGAGGUCCACCUGCACUGCGACGUUUCCCUGUGUGACUCGGAGACAAACGCAUGCAAAGUGAACUGUCCGCACAACAGAAGAAUUUACUCCGAGAACAGUGACCAUAAAGAGCACAUACUAACUGUGGGACCAAUCAGAAAGAGAGAAUCGGACUGGUGUGAGGAGGAAAAUGGAGGCUGUGAGCAGAUCUGCACCAGUAUGGGGACGGGGCCUGUGUGCAGCUGUGUGACUGGGACGCUGCAACGAGAUGGCAAAAACUGUCGGGCUGUGAGCUCGAGUUGCCGCCUUACCCCCCUGUUUCUCCUUCUCACCAUCAGCGGCGUGAUCUCCAUGCUUCUGGCUCAUAUUCAUACCCUUCUCCACUCCUAA